AUGGAGACCGUCAUUCCCAACCGCGAAGAGAUUACGAGAGCCAAAGAGCAAAGCCGAGAAGAUGCACAACUAAGAACGUACACAAGAUGGAUAAACUCGCAGCUGAAGGACGGCUCGCCUCCCAUCCAAAUCAACGACCCCAUACAAGACCUGCGCAAUGGCGUGGUGCUGAUCAACCUGCUCCACCGGCUGUACGGGAUUCAAUUGCCGCACUACCACAUGCAACCGAGCAGCAAAAUACACGCUCUGGACAACGUGGUGAUGGCGUUCAACAUGCUCGAGCAAGUGACGAGCACCAGCUACCCCUUCCUCAAGCCCGCCAACGUUAUCGACGGAGACGUCAAGAUGAUGAUGGGCAUGAUCUGGACACUCGUGCUGGACUCUGGAGUGAGAAAGCCGCUUGCUGUCGGAGGCGCUGCUGCGAGCGGAGCGAACACAGGAGAACAGUCUCCUCGUCCGCUCAACAUGCAGUCUUUCGAACAGACCGCGAACGCGGCCCUCUUGAACUGGUGCCAAGAGCGCACCAAGGGCUACGAAGGCGUCAACAUCCAGAACUUUACGGAGAGCUUUGCCGAUGGAUUGGCCUUCAACGCUCUGCUGCACAGCUACGACCCCUCCCUGGUCGAAUACCAGAUGCUGAACCCUGCCUCCAGGGACGAGAACUUGCGCAUCGCAUUCACCACCGCCGAGCACAGGCUCGGCAUCCCGCAACUCUUGGAUGUAAGCGACCUUGAUGGGCAGCAUCCGAUCGACGCGCACAGCGUCAUCACGUACGUCUCUGAGUACGUCAAGCGGUUCGAGGCGCCAAGGUCGGAGCAGCACAGGCCUCCCUCCCCAGUACCGGUCCCGGCGUACGUCGCUCCGGUGGAGGUGGAGCCGCUGAGCUUCCCUCAGCCUGUGGCCCCUCCGCUUCCGCCGCGUCAGCAGACGCAGCAGGCAACGAUGGGCUACGACCCGUAUGCGGGCUAUCAACAGCAGACCCCGCCGCCAUAUGGCUACGGGCUGACGCCUCCUGUGGGCUACUAUGCGCCUCCCGCGUACCACCCCCAGCCGCCCGUCCAUCAGCAGGCGCCUCAGGGUCAGGGCGUGAAUCUCUACGACCACCGCAAGCCAAAGGGAGGAAUCGGGCGAAGGCUUGUGGAGAAGACGUACCUCUGGGGCAAGAACUGA